UAUCACGGCUGCAGGGAUGUGCUCUACCCGCGACCUACUGCACCUCUAUGCGCCGCGACUGUAGUCGUCACAAUUCGCGAUACAAUCACCUUCUAUCCUGACUAUGAUUGAGUCCACCAACAUGACACUUUGACAAAGUUGGAUGCCCUAGCGGUCAAGGCGCCUCCUCUUUCUCGUGGCAGUCAGGGAUCUGGCUCCGGUUCGCCCAAGCCACUGGUUCUCAACCGCGGAAGGAGAACCAUGAGCAUCAGCAUCUCUUGAAUCCCAACUCUUCCUCCAGCCGAUCUCAUUCUGCCUUGCAGUCUCUUGCAUGGUGCUAGUAUACUCAUUGCUUGACAAAAGGCUCCAUAGCUCAAUCCUUCUGUUUCCCUCUUUUCCCUCCACUCCCAAGCCACACGCAGUCAAAACACAUGAUGCUCCUCAUUGGCUACCACGGCCAAUGAUACAUCCUCUUCCCCUCCAUCAUCACCGUCCGACCAUUCACAGUCCUCACUCGACGCGCUCAUGCGGCUUAAAACCCCGUCGCUAUUUACAUGAGCUUAGCAUCACACAUGUUGACCUUGUCUUGUCCGGUCUCCCAGCUAGCCGCGACGCGAUAUUAUCUUCCAUCCUCUCAUUGGAUCCUUGAACUGCCAUAGGUAUGUCCCAAUUCCACCUCUUAGUGCUACUGACCACACCCACCAAAGAUUCAGGCCACGGGCCAGCCUAACAGCACACCAUGCUGUCUGCACAUGAGUUGGUGCCAUCAAACACCCAUGCCGACCUCGACCGGUUUCAGUAGCCAAUACUGGCGUACCGCCCCCACUUGAGUUGCGGCUGGGACAGGAACCUUGCACCUCUCAGCGGCCUCUUCAGCAUCUCGAGACUAGGACGUCGGUGGUUUUUCUGCUGCUCUAUCGCAACAACAUUUUUAUCCUCUGCUGCCAUUCUUUUCUGGGCAGCGCUUUCGACUUGGAAGUUGUCCACCACGACGUCGUGAUGUCUGUCUUGUCACUCUAACCGAGGACCGGGUAUGCAUCUUGAAGCCGUCAAGCGUACUAUCCCCAACAUCACCCUUCCUCCAGGCCAGAGCCCCGGCUCCAGUCCGCUGUGCCGCACGCGACCUUUUGUCUGGCCACAACAAACCCGUGCAACUUGUCCUGGGCUUGUCCUGUGGUUGAGCAAUACAUUCUGUCCCUCCACCACACGGUAAAGCUGCUUGUCUGCCUUGUCCGUUGGUGCCUUCCCACUGUCACCAUUCGAUCCGAGCUGGCUGUGCGCAGGCGUGACAGACCAUAGGCCCAUUCCUGCGGGCAACAGGUUGCCUCCGACUUUCUUUAUCGUUGGUGGCGGCGCUGCUAUUGUAUUUCCAACGCAGAGACGAUGAUGGCCGUGAGAGCAUCCGUGGGACUCAGUCCCUCCGGCAAUCCCCUCAUCUCAGCAUUCUCACCAUUCAAUGACCAUCCUGAAUCCCCCAUGUUCGUGAGCGCGUCAGCCAAAAGAUCAUCCUUGUACGCUGGAGAUGCCUUCCACUGGGGCCGUUCUCGCUGACACUUAUAGGAGCAACCUGGAAGGAAGGUAUUCGACCAGCAAUAGCCAUCUCAAAGCACCGCCUCCGAGUUAUAUAACUUCGCCUCAAGACCCUGUCGCUCCUUCGCCGAUAUCUUCGGACGUCACGCAAUUUGAGGACGUUGACGGUGUUGCUGCUGAAGAGGAGGACGAAGGUACAGAGAAAGGCUCUUUGGCAGGUGAUCUGGCCAACACAAUUGUGGAUUCCAAUCCUCCAGCGUCUCUCUCGAGCCGAGAUUAUCGUAAUGAAACACCAUUGAAGGUCCAAGUUGCGCCCGCUGCAGACCACCAGCUCCGGAACCGGCUAGAAGAGGAACCUCAAUCCGCGAUUUACAUUCCCUCUAGCUUUGGCACUUUUCCAAAGGAUCAGGACUCAUCCAAGCUCGAACAGAAUUCAUUACCAUCUCCCCCCAACGACUCCGAAGACGAUACUUCCGGGCGAGAAAUGCCGGAAGAACAGGAUUCCACCACCGAGCCGCCGGGGGGUAAGAAUGAAUCAGGGAACAUUAGUACAGGAUCGACACAGUCUGAGAAAGAUGCAGACAAUGAGAGAUCUCGGUCGAGUUCAUUCGAUUCUCUAGCAUCCACUUCUACGACAAAACAAGAUCCUGUGCCAGAACCAAUGACCAUACAGGACCCAAAGCAAGAGCCGACCCCAAGAAAAGAAGGCCCACCCAGGGGCAAAAGGGUGGCAGCGGCCCCUUUGGCCAUCAAGAAAUCCAAGGCCCGUGAUGCCGCAAUACCUCCAUCACCACUUCGAACAACCCUCUCAUCACUCAAUCUACAUGCUUGGUCAACUACACCACGAGCGCAGACGAGACACGACUUCGCCCCUCUCAGCCGGCCAGGUUCAAGCUUAGCUAGCAUCGACGAGGGCGAUGAUACCGACCAUCCAAGCACUGAAGACGAUAGCAAUGUUCGCCUGGAUUUCAUGCACCACGCCGAAAUCGAAUCGGCCGCGCUUCGGAACGCUCUGUCUGAAUGCUGGACUCUUUGCAACACUUUGGCAAGCUUAAGCUACAUUCAUCGGACAAGGAUGUUCAGCUUCUCUGGUCAAGGGGAUGCACAAGAACAGGCAUGGAAGUCUUGCUGGAAACUUUGCCAAACACUAUACAAUAAUAAAGACGAAACACUUACUGGUUCCUACGGACACAACUCUGCAAAACCCACACUUGACCUGUGUCGAGAUUUUUGCCAGGCUCUAUUUGAGGUCCGAGUUAGGACUAACGAAGCUGCCGACUCAGUGCUUCGAGUGAGCUUCGAAUUAAACAAUCAUCUCUUCAAUACACAUGAUCGCAGCCUACCCGAGGCAUUCCGCGAAAGGACACUCGAUUUCUAUAUCACGUUGUGUCAUCGAUUGAUGAAACAAAAGUCUAAAACUGGGGAGGAGACGGAUUCGCUGCUCGAGGCGUGUUGGUCUCUGGCAGAAAUGCUCUUCAGUCUUCGACAAAAUCGACGGGAAGGGAAAAGACCCGAUUCAGAACUUCUAGGAUCGGCCAUACAAGCUUGUUGGGAACUCUGCGACCUCUUCCGCGAAGGCUGGACGCAGAUCCGGCCAGAGCGAGGAACUCCACGGCCCAGUCAAACCACAUUCACCCAAGCAUUCAACCAAGCUAAGCGAUCUGGAUUCGUCCCCCUUGACGAUGAUGGAAACCCUAAGACUAUACCGGAAACCCCUACAACGAUAUUCGAAGACACAAUCACAACCAUCUCGCCCGAGGAGGCACCCAUACCUAACAUCUACGUCAUCGGUGCUGAAGCUGCUUUACGCAUGUCAUCUACCGCCACCUCUAAUAACGCACCAGCAUCCAUCUCGAACCAACGAAACCUCACUCCAUCCGCCAUGCGAUCUAUCAAUUCUCUACAUUCUCCACACCCAGUACCCCCAGCUCCAACAUCCGCCAACCCCGGCCAUCGCUGGACCUCCAAUGCCUCGGCACCUAUGUCGGCUGUGUCCAUGUCCGCUGCAUCUGAUGGCGGUGCGAUUCCUACAUCGGCCACCUCAGUAUCGACAGUACGGACACCGUCCGACGACCCGACCUUGAUUCUGCUCAAAGGACUCUUUAUCAAAGCUGCCAUCGCCACCAACCGCGGCUACACACGCCAAUCAUCUGACCCCAAUUUAAACUCCUUACCCAUGUUCACCAAAUCCCUCCCUGACACUGCCUUUGGCACUCAGGCCUGGCAAAUGUCUCUGCUCGAAACGUACCGCAAAGCUGUUGCCAAUGAUUCAGGCUUCCGCAACCUCGGCAUUGCGGGGUCAAUGGCGAUUGAGCGUGGCCAGCUCAAUCCAGUUGACGUGGCCCGCGCCGUUCGUGGCAUGACCGAUUGCGUCUACGGUUUCGGCUGGUUGCGCGAUCUCUACCGCUUUGUGUUCGGAUACUAUAUCGAAGAAGCCCUUAAAGGACCCUCCCGACAGCUACAGGCGGAGGCAGCAGGCAGACGAGCCGCUCGUCAUCCCGCUGCUAGCCUGGCAGCCACGAUAAUGGGAAGCGGCAACACCGGUGCGAUCGGUGCUGGGUCCCGAGGCGAUGUCAGUGCUGUAAGCUCAGUGAGUGGCAACGGCAGCAUGGUCGGCUUUGGAGGUGCAGGCAACGCAGGCGGCGUUUCUGCUGGCGUGGCAACGAACACAGUAUCGGCAGCAUCCAGCAACGCCUCCGGCAACGCAAGCACUGGUGUGGUUGGUACCGGAGGUGGAGCUGGAGGUAGCGGGCCUUCCGCUACGGUUGUGAAGAACAGACGCACCGUCAGUCAGUAAGGCAGGCUGACUUUCUUCGGGUUCUUUCAAUCGACAUCAUGUGUGGCAUGACCUUUCGCCACGAUCCCUUCCCCCAUGACACGGCCGUAUUGACAAUAUUCAUUUCCGUCGACACAGCCAGCGUGAUCGACGUUGACAUAUACCUGAUAUAUCUUCGGCAGACACCCUCUCGGACCCACUCAUCUUUCAUGGUCCUGAUCCAAAUACAGGACUCAUGAUUGACCGUCCUGUGGGGUUCAAUCCUGCCAUGGCAGGAUGUAGAGUGCAAUAUAUCUGGUCGUCUCGUCAUAUAUAUUGGCCAGCUUAUGUAGUUCUACAGCACCUCCUCCAAAGGUGCAUGAGACAGCCCCGGAGAGUAGCUUCCUGGAGUUUGGUCCUCGUCUGACCAGAGUCUUCAAUGACUUGAUCAUGACGGGACCAGUGAUUUGGAUUCCUCCAUUAUUGUCUCUGUCAAUCACGGUACAUUUGUGUCCACAAGAUGGACCAGAGAUAGAGAAAUUCACAUUGGGAGGCUGGCAUUGAAUCAAGGUACAGGAGAGAUACGGUGUUUGGCCGCUCUGAUAUCUCAAUUUUGGGGGGUAUCAUUCUGCUUAUGAGCUAUGUAGAGCGAAGGCGUAUAAAUCUCGUCCUUCAAAUAAGCGGCAUGGCUUCAUCAAG